UUGAUUCGUAAAUGGAUGGUUGAAUAUUCUGGAACCUUUGGGAGGAGGAAUACCUCCCAUCGAUGUUCUGAAAUUAAUGAUGAUAGACUUAAAAGAGGAAUUUUCGGUCUUAUCCACUUUCAAGGAGUUUUUGCCCUUCUUUUUGCUGGGCUUGGGAUGGCUUUAGUUGUGUUACUAUGUGAAAUAUACACAAGUUAUUAUAGUUGAGAAGUAUUCUGAGAUACCAUUAGUCAAUUGAAAGUCAAAAUUUUUCUGAUUUACAUAAAUUUAUUGAUAAAAUAAAAACUGAAAUUCUAUUUUGGCGUAAUUUUUGGAGUAGAGAUCGAUACAGAAUAGCCAAUGUAGAUAAUCCCCCUUCAUAAUCCCCCAAAAUCCUUUUAAUCCACAUAUCCACAAUAUAACUUUACUUCUUCUAAAUCUAUCGAUAUCCACCUUAAUCAACUGAUAU